UGGAUCGCGAUGCUUACGCUCAGCCUGAGACGCAACGCGGCGCGCUACCUUUGACAGCACUGCCAGUUAUAUUGCAACGAGCUGCCAUGUCUACAGAAGACGACUACGACAAGCUGAGCAAGGAUGAGAGGGAGGCCCGCGACAAAGCCGAUCGCGAGCGGGAGGCGGCAGAGCAGGCUGCCCUCCCUUAUAAGUGGAGACAGGAACUCGGAGAAGUUGAUGUGGUCGUUCCCGUGCCGAAGGGAACACGCGGGAAGGAAUUGAACGUCGUUAUCCAGAAGAAGAAGCUCAGUGUCGGCCUGAAAGGCAAGGAGCCGAUCGUUGCGGGUGAGCUCUGUAAAGAGAUCAAGGUGGAUGACAGCACAUGGACACUGGAGGACCAGGAGGCGGUCCAUGUCCACCUCGAGAAGAUCAAUAAGCAGCAGUGGUGGGAGAAUGUCCUCACUCACCACCCCAAGAUCGAUACCACGAAGAUCCAGCCGGAGAAUAGCAAACUCAGCGACCUUGACGGAGAAACAAGGGGGAUGGUAGAGAAGAUGAUGUUUGACAACCAGCAAAAGCAAAUGGGCAAGCCCACGUCGGACGAGCUCAAGAAGAUGGAGGUACUCAAGAAGUUCCAGGAACAGCACCCAGAGCUGGACUUCUCCAACGCCAAAGUCUCUUAGAGAUACCUCCCAGUAUGCACAACGGUCGACUCUCCAGCACUGCAAUGUAGCUCAAGCAAUCUUGUAUAAUGGCACUCAAUGCAUGUAUCU